AACAAAUUACGCCCCAUUUGAACUUCAUCUAUGGCAUCUCCUUGUCAGAAUUUCGCCCUUUGGGCCAUCAAUAUCAUCACCAUCUUAUUCUUGCUCUCUCUACCUUCUUCCCAAGCUUCCAAUUCUCCUCCAUCCGUACAAAAUUCCAGACUCUCCAACGCUUACAAAGCCCUCCAAGCUUGGAAACAUGCCAUUUCCUCUGACCCUCUAAAUUUCACCGGCAACUGGUGCGGCCCUGAGGUCUGCAACUAUACCGGUGUUUAUUGUGCGCCUGCCCCGGAUGAUCCGGGCACUUUUACGGUUGCCGGAAUAGACCUGAACCAUGCAAACAUUUCAGGAUAUUUGCCUAAAGAGCUUGGCCUCCUUACGGACCUCUCUCUCUUCCACAUAAACUCUAAUCGCUUUUGUGGUUCAGUUCCUGAUUCGUUCCGUAAUAUGAAGCUUCUUUAUGAGCUUGAUAUUAGCAAUAACCAAUUCGCCGGUCAGUUUCCUUCGGUUCUUCUUUGUUUACCUUCACUCAGGUUUCUUGAUAUCCGAUUCAAUGAAUUCCAAGGUGAUGUCCCCUCAAAACUCUUUGAUUUAAAACUUGAUGCCUUGUUUAUCAACAGCAACAAGUUCCGAACAUCCAUACCGGAAAACAUUGGUAAUUCUACUGUUUCUGUUAUCGUCUUAGCAAAUAAUGACUUCAGUGGGACUGGCUGCAUACCCUCCAGUCUGACGAAAAUGGCGCAGACUCUUCAAGAGAUUUUGUUCAUUAACAUGGGAUUGACUGGUUGUUUGCCGGAAGAUGUCGGGUUGUUAAAGGAAGUGACAGUGUUUGAUGUUAGUUUCAACGGGUUGGUUGGCUUUUUACCAGAGUCCAUGGGGGAAAUGAAGAAUUUGAAGCAGCUAAAUGUGGCUCAUAAUAAAUUUUCUGGUCAAAUUCCUGAGAGUAUUUGCUCACUGCCAAACUUGGAGAAUUUCACAUUCUCUGAUAAUUACUUCUGCAGUGAGUCAACGUGUCUCAAAUUACCAGCUAAAAAUGACACGAAGAAUUGUAUUCCUGACAGGCCACUUCAACGAUCACCUGAAGAAUGUAAGUCAUUUUAUGCCUAUCCUGUCGAUUGUGGCGCCUUUGGUUGCUCAUCCAGAAGUCCUCCACCACCACCACCUCCACCACCUCCACCUCCACCUCCUCCACCUCCACCUCCACCUCCACCUCCACCUCCUCCGCCUCCACCACCUCCACCUCCACCACCUCCACCUCCACCUCCACCACCUCCGCCUCCACCACCACCGCCAAAGAAGUAUCCACCACCUCCGCCUCCACCACCACCGCCAAAGGAGUGUUCACCACCACCCUCGCCAGUGAAACAUUAUCCAUGAUCAGACACAGAGAGAUAUAUAUAGGAGAAAUAUAUAGUUCUGUUUUUGUUAAUUUAUUACUUCCCAAAUUAAAUUGAAUAACCAGUCUGUAAUGUAUUGUAUAAUUCUGGGUUUGGAGAUGAAAGUUUCAGCGAGGUUUCUGUCCAAUGAUGAUUACUUGUUGAAUUUUUUUUUGAGACUGUCAUGUCAGUUAUAC